UUCCACUUGCAAGCGCGCGUGCGCACGCCCGCGCGCUCAGAGCCGGGGAGUCUCCAGCGCCCCUCAGCAGAUCCUACUCUCUCGGGCGCCGCUACUCACACAGGCUUCCAGCCGCCACGGGGCGUCCUCUGUCUGCGGCGGAGGAGGCGGAGAGAACCGCAGCUGCAGCCUGGCCCCGUCUCGCAGCUCAGUGCUCGGGACGGAGUCCGGGCGAAGCGGAGAAGGAGGACGCCGAGACAAGGAAGAGCCGCGCCCGGCGCCCAGCUCCUCGCGGCGGGCUGCCUCAGCCCCGUUAUUGCGGCCCCAGGGUUCAGGGCAUACUGUGUGUGGUGACAACCCGUCUUGCUGGCAGCCUGUCCCACCUGUGAUCUCUUCUGGGAAAUAUCAUCAGGAGCUGACUGCGGCCAGCGGCCAGCGUUUCUCAGUUCUCAGCCAAGAAGCACCGGGCAUGUCAAAGCCACACUGUCUUCCACGGGGCUUCCUUUGUGAACAGCUUCCAUUUAAAAGAGUUUUGUGAAUACACAGUGUCACUCAAGUCCCCAAAGAUCAUUAUUUUUCUUCUGAUCUGCUGGAGGUCUUAAGGAAGCUUCUAGAGAAUGUGCUCUACAAAAAUGAGGCUGUAAACCAAGAAAGAGGAAACCAUGGGAUCCAGGAAACGGGGGACACAACACAGGCGAGAGGCACAGGGAUUUCGCAAGAUGGUGUUAAAAAGAAGCCCCAGGACAACAGAAUCUGAUGAUCUCCGCGGGGACCCUGAACUCAGCCUUCAAAGUACUUCUGCCCCCCAGGAUGCUCGUAAUUCAGUGGUAGAUGUUGGUGGCCUUGAAAGCAUCACCCAGUGUCCCCAGCAGCUUCCCCAGAUGAUGGCUGCAGCUGCUGAUGGUUUGGGAAGUAUAGCAAUAGACACAACCCAGCUCAGCAUGUCUGUGACAGAUCCUACAGCCUGGGCCACCGCCAUGAACAAUUUGGGCAUGGUUCCCGUGGGGUUGCCUGGACAGCAGCUUGUGUCUGACUCAAUCUGCGUACCAGGCUUUGAUCCAGGCCUCAACAUGAUGACUGGGAUCACCCCCAUUAACCCAAUGAUCCCAGGCCUGGGGCUGGUACCACCCCCACCACCAACAGAAGUGGCUGUCAUCAAAGAAAUAAUCCACUGCAAAAGUUGUACUCUUUUCCCUCAAAAUCCAAAUCUUCCACCUCCUUCCACAAGAGAACGACCUCCAGGGUGUAAGACUGUGUUUGUUGGAGGAUUACCAGAAAAUGCUACUGAGGAAAUUAUUCAAGAAGUCUUUGAGCAGUGUGGUGAUAUCACAGCAAUUCGGAAAAGCAAGAAGAAUUUUUGUCACAUUCGCUUUGCAGAGGAAUUCAUGGUUGAUAAAGCCAUUUACCUUUCUGGUUACCGGAUGCGAUUAGGGUCUAGCACAGACAAAAAAGAUUCCGGGCGCCUUCACGUGGACUUUGCCCAGGCCAGGGAUGACUUCUACGAGUGGGAAUGCAAGCAGAGGAUGCGCGCCCGCGAGGAGCGGCACCGGCGCAAGCUGGAGGAGGACCGGCUGCGGCCACCCUCCCCGCCCGCCAUCAUGCACUACUCAGAGCACGAAGCUGCUCUGCUGGCAGAGAAGCUGAAAGAUGAUAGCAAGUUUUCUGAGGCUAUCACAGUGCUACUUUCCUGGAUUGAAAGAGGGGAAGUGAAUCGGCGUUCUGCAAACCAGUUCUAUUCCAUGGUGCAAUCGGCCAACAGCCACGUCCGCCGGCUAAUGAAUGAAAAAGCCACCCAUGAGCAGGAGAUGGAGGAAGCCAAGGAGAAUUUUAAGAAUGCCUUAACUGGAAUCCUCACUCAAUUUGAGCAGAUUGUGGCCGUUUUCAACGCUUCUACCAGACAAAAAGCUUGGGACCAUUUCUCGAAAGCUCAGCGCAAGAACAUAGACAUUUGGCGAAAGCAUUCUGAGGAGCUCCGGAAUGCUCAAAGUGAACAACUCAUGGGCAUCCGCCGUGAAGAAGAAAUGGAAAUGUCAGAUGAUGAGAAUUGUGACAGCCCCACUAAAAAAAUGAGAGUUGAUGAAUCAGCCCUGGCUGCUCAGGCCUACGCUCUGAAAGAGGAGAACGACAGUCUCCGUUGGCAGCUGGAUGCCUACAGGAAUGAGGUGGAGCUGCUGAAACAGGAAAAGGAACAGCUUUUCCGAACAGAAGAGAACCUCACCAAGGACCAGCAGCUCCAGUUCCUGCAGCAGACCAUGCAAGGCAUGCAGCAGCAAUUGCUGACCAUCCAGGAGGAGUUAAACAACAAAAAGUCAGAACUGGAACAAGCAAAGGAGGAGCAGUCACACACACAAGCAUUACUUAAAGUCCUCCAGGAGCAAUUAAAAGGUACCAAGGAAUUGGCUGAGACCAACGGCCACAGCCAUGAAGACACAAAUGAAAUCAAUGUGUUGACAGUUGCAUUAGUCAACCAAGACCGAGAGAACAAUAUUGAAAAAAGAAGUCAAGGCUUAAAAUCAGAAAAAGAAGCUCUACUUAUUGGCAUCAUAUCAACAUUUCUUCACGUCCAUCCUUUUGGAGCCAAUAUAGAGUAUCUCUGGUCAUACAUGCAACAGCUGGACUCCAAGAUAUCUGCAAAUGAAAUCGAAAUGCUUCUGAUGAGACUGCCACGCAUGUUUAAACAGGAGUUCACAGGCGUGGGAGCAACGCUGGAAAAAAGGUGGAAGUUGUGUGCCUUUGAAGGAAUUAAAACGACCUAACUAUGAAAAGGAAAACAAAGUCUCUGGAAAUGAAACCGUCUGAACCCGCCCGGGGCUGUGCAGUGUGAGCGCAGGAGGUUCAGGGUUGGUCCCGCGCGGACCUCGGUGGAGCCAGCAGAGCCUGACUAGUUCCAUCUCUGGCGUUCUCUUGUGAGUGGACAUGUAACUGUGUACCAGUUCCCUAAAACAAACAAAGCUUCAUACUGUGACAGAUCUGUUUCCUAUGAAACCCACACAAUGAUUCCACAGUCAUAAUGAUGGCAAAAUCUUAAAAUAUGCUACAUUUGAGAAUAGCUCACCAAGCAAAAUAUUUAAUGAUGCUGUAGCAAUGGUUGUUGCUAGGCUACAGAGUUGUGUAUAUAAUGUAUAGCUGAAAUCACUCAAUGACAUUUUCCUAAAAGUCUUUCUGUUUUAGUAAAAAAAAAAAGAAAAGAAAAAAAAAGUAAUUUUACAGUGAGGAGAAAUCAUACCAAAAGAAAACUUGAAUAUGUGUCUGAACAGUUAUUGUAUUUUAUAAAUUAAGUUAUGUGCUAUUCCAAGGACUUUUGCCUUAUUAAGGAGGCAGAAAAUGUGAUUGGACUCCUUGGGAAUGCUUUAUCAAGAAUAUUAUUUUUCUAAUGUAACAAUUCUCCAUCAUAAGUUCUUUUAACACAGACUGCAUAACAAUUUUCAUAAAAAGUAAAUAAAGGAAAAAACUAGUGCUACUGUCUUGUAUUUGGUAUGUAAUAUUCAGGUUUAUGCAUUAAAAUAAACAUUCAGUAAAUAUACCUGUUACAAAUUUUAUAGCAAAGACAUUAAUUUUUUUCAAUAAAUAUGACUUCUACCAUAUUGGUUUUGCAAAUUAUUGUUUGUUAUAUUUUAAUUCUUAAGAAAUUUUCACGUAUUCAGUCCCAUCUCAUAUCCCAUCAUUUUAAAAUGAUUAAAUGCAUGAGUGACAUUGAGACAAAACAUUAUUUAAAACAGGGCUACAUAAAAAGUGAGAAAUGGGAAGUACUAAGAA